AUGGAUAUGAUAAAUAUACGAACCAAAAAUCUAUGGCAAUUUGCUCGUAAAAUGUUUAUUCAAAUAUUUUGUUCAGGUAUUUAAAGAUCUUAUUGAUCCCAACUCAUAUGUGAAUAUUUUAAGGUCUUUCAUUCUCUCAAUUAUUUUCAAUAUAUAUCGAUUAUUUUCGUCGAUAUUUUGUGCCAAAAUCCUUCGAAUAUCCAAUUGAUUGUUUCUUUGCCUUCUUCUUAUUCCAUCUAUAUUUAGCCUAUAUUUUAAUCAUUUCAAUUUCUCGAAAUAUUUUCAAACAUUUCAAAUUGAAAGGUUCGAAAAUUGUGCCCGAACUUCGAGUGGCUCAACAAAAAAUUGGGUUAAUUUUGACAUCUUUUUUCGUUUUUCAAUCAAUUGCUAAAUGGUCGAUUGGAAUUUCGAUGUUUGAUCGAAUUUUUGGAUGGAUUAUGCAAAUUAAGCCACAAAUUAAUUUCAAACCUCAAAUCGUAAGUUAUCAAAAAAAUUUGAGAAAAUUUGAAUUUUUGAAAUUUUCAGAAAUUCGACAAGAAAUCUUCCAUAAAAACAAAAAUGGACACAAAUAUUGGAUUAUCUUUGGAACCCGAAAAUUCGGAAACUCAAAAAACUUUGAAAAAUCUCACUGAAACAUCGAGAAAUUUGGAAUUUUUCGGAGAUGUUUUGGAAAAUUUUGAGGAUGAAAAUGAGGAGGAAAAAUCGAUAAAUUUGGUUGAAAAAUGGCUGGAAAACGAGGAUUCGCAAAAUGAUCAAAUUGUCAAGAAACAUUUGAUGAAACUUGUUGCGCAAGAUAUUAUUAGAAGAGUUAGUUUAAAUUGAAAAAUGGUGAAAACAAGAAUUAUUUUCGUGCUUUUUUUUUCAGAGAUCAUUUUGUUCGAAGCAGGAACUGGAAGGAAUCGAAGAUGAAAAUGUAUGA